AUGAUUCUGCCACACGCAGCUGUCCGUUCUCUUCAAGCACUUUCGCUGCAUGCGCCCCGCGCAUCUCUCGAUUCGCCCGUCACGUGCCCAGUUGUCCUGGAUGGGCGAAUCCCCCAAAAUUUCACCUUGCAAGUCUUCGAUACCUACGCCAGCCCGUUCAACCCGGGAUACACAAAGGGCCCUGCGAAGUGGUCCGAAAUUCUCUUGUUUCCCACGGUUCCGACACCCUCGCGAUUCGAAGCCUCCAACGCGACUGGGAACUUCAAGCCUCUCGAAGUCACCAUCAACGACCAGUCCAUCUUCAAUCCCAGCGGCAACAGCCCGCAGCUAGGCUUUCGUCGCGCCGGACUGCUGCUUGGCAACGGCUCCGAUGCUUCAAAUCAAGGGGUCAUGACGACACACUGGAGUUCCAUGCAGGAUUCGACCAGAAAGCUGAACUUGACGCACGAGUAUCUGACGUCUUUCCACGAGACGAACGACUCCGGCGGUGCGCAAUUUGCCCUGCAGAUUGGCACGCCCCUCGGGCAGAACAGUACGGCGGGCAAGCCCUUGUCAACCGACUGGAAGAUGCUGGACAGAAAUAACAGCGUGAUCUUCUCGACGGCACUCAAGUUUGAUGUCUGGCAAAACUGGGCCGUCACCCUCGAUGUCCCCAAGAACACGAUUCAAGUCUUCUUCUCGGAAGGAAACGAUCCACUCAAGUCCGUUACCGAGGUCCUCCCGAACAACAACGUGGGCGGGGGUGCGCUCCAGAUCGGCUUGCUCAAGAAGCCCACCGAAACCAGGACGGUUGUGAACGAUGGAUUCCAGGAAAGCAAUCUGAAUGAGGGACAGAUACUGGGUGGCAUCUUUGUCGAGAACAGCGCAAACGGGUGCGUGUCUCUCUGA